AUGGGUCUCAUUCAGGUCAGUCAUCUGGGUUUGGGCAGCAGGAAUCUGGACCUGGUCAGUCAUCAGGCCAUUGGGAACAUGGGUAUGGAUCAGGAGUCUAGAACUAGUCAGUCAUCUGGCUAUAAGGAGCAUAGCUAUAGAUCAGGUCAUUCAUUUGGGUCUAGGCAGCACGAGUCUGGACCUGGUCAGUCAUAUGGCUAUGGGGAACAUCACACUGGAUCAGGUCAGGUGUCAAGCUAUGAGAGACAUGGUUCUGGAUCUGGUCAGUCAUUUAGCUCAGGGCAAGGCAAGUUGGGACAAGAGGAAUAUCACCAUGGACAGUCAGGUAGCACAGGACACAGUGGAAAGGGAACCAUUCAAAGGCAAUCUAGAGACACUAGUGGACAGAGUCAGGCUGGCCAUGCAGAGACCUCACAUUCCAGCUCUAGGAGAAGUCCCAGAGGAAGCCCAGUUCACCCUGAUUCCAGUGAGGGAGAGGAACACUCAGUAGUCUCUCACAGACACUCUGGAUCCUCUCAGGGUCAUGGAGUUCAACAUGGAGAGUCUGGGCCAGCAGUUCAUGGCAGAGAAGGAGCUCCUCAGAGGCAAUCUAGGGACAGCAGUAGACAGCCUCAGGCUGGCCAGGGUCGGUCCCCGCAGUCAGGCCGUGGGAGAAGUCCUAGAGGAAGUCCUGUUCACCCUGAAUCCAGUGAGGGAGAGGAACACUCAGUAGUCUCUCACAGACACUCUGAAUCCUCUCAUAGGAGUGGUGGAGUUCAGCAUGGAGAGUCUGGGCCAUCAGUUCAGGGUAGAGAGGGAUCAUCUCAGAGGCAAUCCAGGGACAGCAGUAGACAGCCUCAGGCAGGCCGUGGGCAGUCUCCACAGUCAGGCUCUAGAAGACAUCCCAGAGGAAGUCCAGUUCACUCUGAAUCCAGUGAAGGAGAGGAACACUCAGUAGUCUCUCACAGACACUCUGGUUCCUCUCAGGGUCAUGGAGUUCAACAUGGAGAGUCUGGGCCAUCAGUUCAGGGCAGAGAGGGGUCAUCUCAGAGGCAAUCCAGGGACAGCAGUAGACAACCUCAGGCAGGCCAUGGGCGGUCUCCACAAUCAAUUCCUGAGAGAAGUCCCAGAGGAAGUCCAGUUCACCCUGAAUCCAGUGAGGGAGAGGAACACUCAGUAGUCUCUCACAGACACUCUGGAUCCUCUCAGCGCCAAGGAGUUCAACAUGGAGAGUCUGGGCCAGCAGUUCACGGCAGAGAAGGAGCUCCUCAGAGGCAAUCUAGGGACAGCAGUAGACAGCCUCAGGCUGGCCAUGGACAGUCUCCACAGUCAGGCUCUAGAAGACAUCCUAGAGGAAGUCCUGUUCACCCUGAAUCCAGUGAGGGACAGGAACACUCAGUAGUCUCUCACAGACACUCCGAAUCCUCUCAUAGGAGUAGUGGAUUUCAGCAUGGAGAGUCUGGGUCAUCAGUCCGUGGCAGAGAGGGAUCAUCUCAGAGGCAAUCCAGGGACAGCAGUAGACAGCCUCAGGCAGGCCGUGGGCAGUCUCCACAGUCAGUUCCUGGGAGAAGUGCAAGAGGAAGUCCUGUUCACCCUGAAUCCAGUGAGGGGGAGGAACACUCAGUAGUCUCUCACAGACACUCUGGUUCCUCUCAGGGUCAUGGAGUUCAACAUGGAGAGUCUGGGCCAGCAGUUCAUGGCAGAGAGGGAUCAUCUCAGAGGCAAUCCAGGGACAGCAGUAGACAGCCUCAGGCAGGCCGUGGGCAGUCUCCACAGUCAGGCUCUAGAAGACAUCCCAGAGGAAGUCCAGUUCACUCUGAAUCCAGUGAGGGAGAGGAACAUUCAGUAGUCUCUCACAGACACUCUGGAUCCUCUCAGGGUCAUGGAGUUCAACACGGAGAGUCUGGGCCAGCAGUUUACGGCAGAGAAGGAGCUCCUCAGAGGCAAUCUAGGGACAGCAGUAGACAGCUUCAGGCUGGCCAUGGACAGUCUCCACAGUCAGGCAGUGGGGGAAAUCCUAGAAGAAGUCCUGUUCACCCUGAAUCCAGUGUGGGAGAGGAACAUUCAGUAGUCUCUCACAGACACUCUGAAUCCUCUCAGGGUCAUGGAGUUCAACAUGGAGAGUCUGGGCCAUCAGUUCAGGGCAGAGAGGGGUCAUCUCAGAGGCAAUCCAGGGACAGCAGUAGACAGCCUCAGGCUAGCCGUGGGCAGUCUCCAAAGUCAGGCUCUAGAAGACAUCCCAGAGGAAGUCCAGUUCACUCUGAAUCCAGUGAGGGAGAGGAACACUCAGUAGUCUCUCACAGACACUCUGGAUCCUCUCAGGGUCAUGGAGUUCAACAUGGAGAGUCUGGGCCAGCAGUUCAUGGCAGAGAAGGAGCUCCUCAGAGGCAAUCUAGGGACAGCAGUAGACAGCCUCAGGCUGGCCAUGGACAGUCUCCACAGUCAGGCCCUGGGGGAAAUCCUAGAGGAAGUCCUGUUCACCCUGAAUCCAGUGAGGGAGAGGAACACUCAGUAGUCUCUCACAGACACUCUGAAUCCUCUCAUAGGAGUGGUGGAGUUCAGCAUGGAGAGUCUGGGCCAUCAGUUCAGGGUAGAGAGGGAUCAUCUCAGAGGCAAUCCAGGGACAGCAGUAGACAGCCUCAGGCAGGCCGUGGGCAGUCUCCACAGUCAGGCUCUAGAAGACAUCCCAGAGGAAGUCCAGUUCACUCUGAAACCAGUGAGGGAGAGGAACACUCAGUAGUCUCUCACAGACACUCUGAAUCCUCUCAGGGUCAUGGAGUUCAACAUGGAGAGUCUGGGCCAUCAGUUCAGGGCAGAGAGGGGUCAUCUCAGAGGCAAUCCAGGGACAGCAGUAGACAGCCUCAGGCUAGCCGUGGGCAGUCUCCAAAGUCAGGCUCUAGAAGACAUCCCAGAGGAAGUCCAGUUCACUCUGAAUCCAGUGAGGGAGAGGAACACUCAGUAGUCUCUCACAGACACUCUGGAUCCUCUCAGGGUCAUGGAGUUCAACAUGGAGAGUCUGGGCCAGCAGUUCAUGGCAGAGAAGGAGCUCCUCAGAGGCAAUCUAGGGACAGCAGUAGACAGCCUCAGGCUGGCCAUGGACAGUCUCCACAGUCAGGCCCUGGGGGAAAUCCUAGAGGAAGUCCUGUUCACCCUGAAUCCAGUGAGGGAGAGGAACACUCAGUAGUCUCUCACAGACACUCUGAAUCCUCUCAUAGGAGUGGUGGAGUUCAGCAUGGAGAGUCUGGGCCAUCAGUUCAGGGUAGAGAGGGAUCAUCUCAGAGGCAAUCCAGGGACAGCAGUAGACAGCCUCAGGCAGGCCGUGGGCAGUCUCCACAGUCAGGCUCUAGAAGACAUCCCAGAGGAAGUCCAGUUCACUCUGAAACCAGUGAGGGAGAGGAACACUCAGUAGUCUCUCACAGACACUCUGAAUCCUCUCAGGGUCAUGGAGUUCAACAUGGAGAGUCUGGGCCAUCAGUUCAGGGCAGAGAGGGGUCAUCUCAGAGGCAAUCCAGGGACAGCAGUAGACAGCCUCAGGCUAGCCGUGGGCAGUCUCCAAAGUCAGGCUCUAGAAGACAUCCCAGAGGAAGUCCAGUUCACUCUGAAUCCAGUGAGGGAGAGGAACACUCAGUAGUCUCUCACAGACACUCUGGAUCCUCUCAGGGUCAUGGAGUUCAACAUGGAGAGUCUGGGCCAGCAGUUCAUGGCAGAGAAGGAGCUCCUCAGAGGCAAUCUAGGGACAGCAGUAGACAGCCUCAGGCUGGCCAUGGACAGUCUCCACAGUCAGGCCCUGGGGAAAUCCUAGAGGAAGUCCUGUUCACCCUGAAUCCAGUGAGGGAGAGGAACACUCAGUAG